AUGUGAACAUGCUGUCGUGAUGGGUGAGGGGCGUUUACGUGCGACAGCUGGAUAUUAGUAGCUAUAUUUCAGCUCAGAAAUUAAACAAAAUGUAUUGUCAGCAGUAGGGUAAUAUUUCAUUAAGCGCAUUAUUUUACACUAUUUCUUUGGGCAGCAGGUACAACAUGGUUUGGACCAGCAGAAUCUGUUUCAGGAAGUAUGGCAACUUCGUGGACAACCUCCGUCUUUAUGUGAGAGGUGGCAGCGGAGGGAUGGGACUGCCUCGCCUGGGUGGCCAGGGGGGGAAGGGAGGGAGCAUCUGGGUGACAGCCAAAGAUGGUCUCACCCUGAAGAAAAUCAAGGACAAGUACCCUCACAGACGUUUUGUUGCUGGAACCGGAGCUAAUAGCAGUGUCCGUACCCUGAAGGGGGAGAACGGAGAGGAUGUAGAAAUCUUCGCUCCCGUCGGGAUCGUCGUCACCACAGAUAAAGGGGCGGUCAUAGGGGAGCUGAAUGCAGAGGGGGAGAAGGUCCUGGUGGCGAAGGGGGGCAUUGGCGGCGCCCACUACUCCGGUUUCCUCCCCAGCAAAGGCAAGGCUCGCCAAAUCCGCCUGGACCUGAAGCUCAUUGCAGACGUGGGCCUUGUGGGGUUUCCAAACGCUGGUAAAUCCUCAUUGCUAAGCACACUUUCCCAUGCAAAACCACAGAUAGCGAAUUACCCAUUCACAACCCUGAGACCUGAGAUUGGAAAAAUCAUGUAUGAUGACUACAGGCAGGUGUCGGUGGCUGACUUACCUGGCCUAAUUGAGGGUGCUCACAUGAACAAGGGCAUGGGACACAAAUUCCUCAAACAUGUGGAGAGAACCAAGCAGUUGAUGUUUGUGGUCGAUAUCUGCGGUUUUCAGCUAUCAAGCAAAACACCGUUCAGAUCAGCUUUUGAGACUGUACAGCUUUUAACCAAGGAGCUGGAGCUAUAUAAGGAAGAGCUACUCUCUAAGCCUGCCCUCCUGGUUGUGAAUAAAAUGGAUCUUCCAGAAGCUGAGAUGCUUCUUCAGGAGCUUCUUGAUCAACUUCAAAACCAAGAUGAUUAUAAGAGUUUGCUGCCCGAGGACCUGGUCCCGAAGAGCGGCCUGGGCUUCAGGCACGUGGUCCCGAUCUCCGCGGCGACGGGGCUGGGAGUGGAAGAGCUGAAGGCGUGCAUCCGCGGGUCGCUGGACGAGCAGGCCGCCGCACAGACGGAGGAGGAGCGCACGCGGCGGGUCCAGGAGCUGCGAGGGGCGCGUCCUCCCCCGACCGGCCGCCCCCUCCGCCCGAGGCCGCCCGCGUGAACCUGCGCUUCAGCGACGCGAACGCCCGCCAUCCAGCCCACAAUUGCGGGAGCAAUGCUAAACUGGCUCAUAUGUGACAGGGCCUUUCAGAUGAGACCUUACUCUGAGGGUCCUUACUGCCAUUGUUAAAGAUACCAUGUGACUUGUGGAAGAGAUCAGGGCGGGUCUCCUGCACAUCAUGGGGAAAUUCCCAACCUGCUGCACCGCUCUCAGUUUGGCCAUCUAAUUACCCCCCGAUUUAACUGACUCGACCUGAGCUGUGUUCUGCUGCAACAUGGCUGCCGUGAGUUAUCCAGGUGGAUGCCACACAUUGGGUGUGGUGGAGGUGAGUUUUCUCCCUUCACUGCAAUCAUGGGACAUUAAAUAAAUGCAGUCCCUUAUUAUCAUUGUCGGUCAUAGCAGUGGUCUAUUGCCUACAGAAAUGAAGCUUCCUAACAGUGCAGUUUGUUAAAUUGAAGAUGAGCUGGUAACUCCUUAGGCUGUGGUGUUUAGGCCUUUAGACUCUUGACCCAGGGGAAAACUAGCCCACACACCCCACAACAGACUGCUGCUGGA